AUGGGCAACUCCAAGAGUUGCUGCCUGAAGGCCAGUCCCAGGCCCAGCGCCAGCCCCAAGCUGGGUCGGGGCUCCAGGCGCGUUAAGUCAAAGCGUGAGUCUGAGGCUCCUGAGGCGGCUGCGAGGGACACAGGGGCAGUACAAACAGUGCCUGCUGCCCCGAAGUCUGAGUCAACUUGCGGAGCCCUCAAGCGCCACCACCUGAAGAACAUCAGCGCCCCGGUGACGCCCCAAGAACAAGACAAGAGGAAGAACAAUGAUGAAUGUCCAGGGCGCCCGACUAAAGGAUAUGGGUCGUGUCCCACAGUGUUUCCCUCUGACGAUACCAUCAGGCAGCCGGACUUUAAAACCACCAUCCAGUCCAUGACUUUGUGCAUAUAUCACAUGAUAAAGUACAGAGUUGGACGUAAAUCGAUCGAUAUUUUCAAUGAGAGAAAGCACCCCUUCAGACACGAAAUACUUACAACGGACCACUUUCUGCAUGACCCUGAACUGCAGAGUGUCUACAGAUUUGUCCGUGCCCUUUUCAGUGCUGAACACCUCACCGCUGAACAUGCGAUUGUGACCUUGAUUUUCAUGGAAAGGCUUUUGGACUGUGCACAUAUUGACAUGAAUCCCACUAACUGGAGAAGAAUACUUUUGGGAUCCGCCCUUCUUGCCUAUGAGUAUUGGGACAAACAGACUGUGUGGGGCAUGGACUACUGCCAGCUCAUCAACAACAUCAUUACCGUCGAUGACAUGAAUGAGAUAGAACUAUAUUUUUUACGUUUAAUUGGGUUUAAUAUUCAGAUCACUGGCAGAAUGUAUGCCAGAUAUUACUUUGACCUUCUAGCCAUAGCCGAGAAAAGCAACGUGCACGAUCUAUUUCAACCUUUUUGCAAAGUAGAGCACAGAACCCAGAGGAGUUUUGCUGAACUUCAACCGCAGACCCAGGAGGACCGAGACCAGGAUGACCGAGACCAGGAGAACCGAGCCCAGGAGGACCGAGUCCAGGAGGAUGACCGAGACCAGGAGGCCCGAGCCCAGGAGGACCGAGACCAGGAGGACCGAGACCAGGAGGCCCGAGACCAGGAUGACCGAGACCAGGAGGCCCGAGACCAGGAUGACCGAGACCAGGAGGCCCGAGCCCAGGAGGACCGAGACCAGGAGGCCCGAGACCAGGAUGACCGAGACCAGGAGGCCCGAGCCCAGGAGGACCGAGACCAGGAGGCCCGAGCCCAGGAGGACCGAGACCAGGAGGCCCGAGACCAGGAUGACCGAGACCAGGAGGCCCGAGCCCAGGAGGACCGAGACCAGGAGGACCGAGACCAGGAGGACCGAGCCCAGGAGGACACACGCAAGGCCAUCGCUUGA